UCGUCUUCUACAAUUGAAUUUCUAACCAAAACCCUUUCCUUAAAACCAAUUUUCAUGUCAAUCUUAGUUCGUCGUCACCCAGAAAAUUUGAUUUUCUUCCGUUUUAUGGAUAUUUAUUAUUAUUCAAGAAACGUUGAUCACGCCGAUAUUUCUUCUUUGAUAUCUCAUUAUUUUCUACAUAAUUUUAGUGGAAUUCCUAGUAAACCUUGUAGUGGUAGUCGUCCAGUUUUAGUUUAAGUUUUAUUUUAAUUAACUAAAUUAGUUUCCAAUUAAUUCUAUUCAAUUCAACUUUGUCCUCAUGGGUAAACAGCGUGCUACUCAACGUAAGAAUGCUGCAAUGCUAGAUAGUGAUGAUACAGAGAGUGUUAGUUCUGAUAAUAAUAUGAUGAAGUCUGCUGCUGUGGAGGAUGUGCAAUGCGAUAAGGAAAGCGUGUUAGAUGAGAGUUUGGAUGCUUUGUUCGUAAAACGGGGGUCCCUAAGGGUGAAGGCAUUGGCUGAUAUCGUAGAGGCUUUUAAUACAAGCUUGCCACACAAGUUUGUUGAAAAGAAGUGUGCAACAUUGCUGCAUCAAUGUCUGAAUUCUGUAAAACGGGGGUCUGCAAAAGAGACCGCUUUGGCGUCUCAUGCCAUCGGAUUAUUGGCUUUAACUGCGGGUGAGGGUGAAAAAUCGCAAGAAAUACUGGAAGAAUCAGUUACCCCUAUUUUUGAAGCUCUGAGAUCUCGUUCUGAAGUAUCAAAGAUAGUAUCGCUAUUGGAGGGGUUGGCUGUGUCCGCUUUUGUCGGUGGAAUUGAACCUGAAGAAACUGAGAAAUGCAUGCAAAUUGUGUGGCAAGUGGUUCAUCCAAAGCUUGGCCCCAAUGUCGUUGCCACUAAGCCGUCACCAGGAGUAAUAACAGCGGUUGUAUCUGCUUGGUCGUUUCUGCUUACAACAAUGGAUGGGUGGAUACUAGAUCCUAAAAGUUGGCAAGAGUCCGUUUCUUAUUUUUCGUCUCUUCUAGAGAAGGAUGACAGAUCUGUGCGAAUUGCAGCUGGGGAAGCCCUUGCUUUGAUAUAUGAGAGGGGACAUUUGGAAAAGUUUUGUGGUUCCUCUAAAGGAGAUGGCAUUAGUUCCCGGAAUGUUACCCAUAUACAGGGUUUAAGAUCCAAAGUCUUGAAUCAAGUUCGUGACCUUUCUGCUGAGGCUGGAGGGAAGGGUUCUAUCAAAAAGGAUCUCAACACUCAGCGUAACACCUUUCGAGAUAUUUUGGAAUUUCUCGAGUAUGGGCACACUCCGGAAACCUCAGUGAAGAUUGGUGGAGAGUCGCUUACAACUACAACUUGGUCUCAACUGAUACAGCUGAACUACAUAAAGGGAUUUCUUGGUGGAGGAUUUAUCAAACAUAUGCAGGAAAACGAAUUUCUUCAUGAGGUAUUUAGCAUUGCACCGAAGAAAAAGUCUCUAUCAGGUGCUGUUCAUGUCUCAGAGGCCGAAAAGAGAAUGUACAGAUCUCCGAACUCCAUCAUGAACAAGGCAAGGACCCAGUUUCUGAACAAGCAGCGAAUGAUACGGGAUAUGAACAAUGGCCACCUCGCAUCUGUGAUGGACGAGGAGUAACAGUUGCAACAUCCAAAAUAUGCUCUACGACUCUGGUGUCAUAUUUUUAUCAUUAUUCAUUCAAGACUCAGAUUUAUAAAAUCAUUAAUGGCUUUAGUUAUGGUGAUAGUUUAGGGAUUCAUUUAUGCAAUGACAAUGAAAACUUCAUGUUAUUUUAUCUUAUUCUUGUACCGCUACAUUGGUUGGUAACAUUUAUAAAGUUCGACUUUGGAGUUAAA